AUGCGCAGAGGCGUAGCAGCGGUGAGCUGAGGUGGACUUCUUCCCUUUGCUCAGUGUGACAGGAGCAGUGUAGUUCAGCAGCAGGACCUCAAGAACGACUCCUAACCUCCCAGAGAACCUGUCAGACGCCACGAUGAUCCGGAUAGCCGCCCUCCUCGCUCUGCUGGUGGUCACCUGCUCGGGAGAGAGCUGCACAGACCCGGCGAUCACUCCGUCGGCCUACACCACCUCCGACGCCGUCAUCUCCUCUGAGUCUGUCUUCAUCGUUGAACUGAGCCUGGCCUGUGCCAACGGAGCACAGAGUGUGACUCUGUAUGCUGAUGUCAAUGGAAGACAGUUCCCUGUGACUAGAGGCCAGGAUGUUGGCAAGUACCAGGUGUCCUGGAGUCUUCCUCACAAACAGGCCAGCUCUGGAACAUAUCAGGUCAAAUUCUUUGAUGAGGAGUCCUACAGUGCUCUGCGCAAGGCCCAGAGAAACAAUGAAGAUGUAAAUGCCAUUGAGCCUCUCUUCUCUGUCAACAUUGACCACAGGGGUGCGUGGAACGGCCCAUGGGUGUCUACUGAGGUGGUGGCUGCACUCAUUGGUAUUCUGUUCUACUACAUGGCCUUCAGUGCUAAGAGCACCAUUCAAGCAUAAACAGAUUCACAAUCACAAUUUAACCACUGGAUCAAAAAAAGACUGAAUUCUGGUGGCACUCGACCAACGAUCCAUCAUCCAGUGUGUUGGCAAGCCAAUAGGAUUUUGCCACAUGGUCUGCAUUGGGACGAGGAGCAAGAGUAGCAGUCUUUGUAUUUCUUUAUUCAGACUGUGUCUGUAUGCUAUCAGUCUUAUCUUAUCAAUUUACAGAUGAAUUUCGUUGCAAGUUUGUCUUGUCAGUAUGGAUGGAAUUUUGUAAUCUUUUGAUAAACCAAACAAUAAACCUGGACCACUUAAAUAAAAAACAAAAAAUACAAAUCAGAUCAUGUAUUGUGUUCAGUCCUGCUUCAAAGAUGUUGCUACAUCCAGAUCGGAUUAUCAUUUUUCCCUCUGUGUGGAUGGUCGGAAUGGGACUUACAGAUGUGCUGAUCCCCAACUGAGAGAAGUCAAGACCUUUGCAUAUGAAAUGUCAAUAAUGUGACCUGCACUGACUGGCCUGAACCGGCCUAGUGUAUUUGUCUCUUCCAGUAAAAUGAAUAAAUGGCUUGUUUUUCUCCAA